CCAUAAGAGCUUCUGAAGAGCGAAAUACUUCAGUCUAGACACUAGAUACAGUAAGCCUUAGCGCACCAACAGAGGAUACUUCAAAUAUGUCUGCCUCGCGGAGCUCCUCUCCCAACUCCAUGUCACAGUGGAGCCAGAAAGAGAACAAGAUGUUUGAAGAGGCACUCGCCUACUAUGGCGAGGGCACACCCAACCGGUGGGACAAGGUGUCCAGCGCCAUGGGAGGCAUCAAGUCUGCCGAGGAGGUGCGCUGCCACUAUGAAAAUCUUGAUUACGACGUCAAGAUGAUUGAGUCAGGCAAUGUGCCGUACCCCAAGUACAAGACACAGGGAUUCUGGACCCGAGGUUAAAAAAUGUUGGAGGCUCAAAGAGGCAGAAAACAAAGCUCUACGGAUCCAAGAAGGAACCAAAGGAAAUCCAGCUCUGGUUGGAGAAUAAAAUGAUGAACCAGUGUGUAUAUGUCAAUAUGUGUAUAGUAUAGUUUAUGAUCAAGUUUAUGUCUGUCUACCUGUGGUUGUAGGAUCCUAGUGUACAUAAGAUUGAUAACCACAUGUAUUCAUUGUCCCCUUGAACUAAAGUUAUGGAGGGUGUAAAGUCUAAAAGUCAUGUAUUUAUGCAAAUUAAAAAAACAAUGCCUCGUAGC